AUGCAGCAAGCCCCAGGUCCUUCUGCUGGGGGUGAGGAUGUGCUGCAUGCGGUGCUGCACCUGCUCUCCAGCCUUCGCCUUGCGCCUCCCCGUUGCAGCAACGCAGCAGCAGAACCGACAGCAAAAGCAGUAGAACAAGCAGCAGCAGCAGCAGCAGCAGCAGAACCAGCAGCAGCAGCAGCAGCAGCAGAUGCGGAGGAGGGGUCAGGACCCCACACGUCUUCCCAGCAUGGGGUGUAUGGGCUGCAGAUGGAGGCGCUGCACUCCCCUCUGGAGCUGCAACGGCUGCUGCUGUGCAGCAGCAGCAUACCGCAGCUGCUGCUGCAAGCGGUUCGCUAUGCCAUGAGCAACGGCCUGCUACUGCUGCAGCAGCACCAGCAGCAGCAGCAGCAGCAGCAGCAGCAGCAGCAAGCUUUAGCUAUGGACUUGCUGCAGGCUCGUCUUGUGCCGUUCCUUUUGCUUCCUUCACCCUUCCCCUACUGCCGCUACAAACAGGCGGUGUCUGCGGCGCCUCACUUCAAUGUGCUGAUUGAUAACAUUACAACAAACCCGCUGUGGCUGCAGCAGCAGCUGCAGCGUGCUGCAGCAGAAGACGCCUUCCUCGCCCAGCUGCUGCGAAUCAUGGAAAGGGUGUACAUAGGCAGCAGCAGCAGCAGCAGCAGCAGCAGCAGCAGCAAACCGCCGCGGUGUAUUAAGAAGGACAUUCGCCUGCAUUUGCUGCGCACAGACUUUAUGCUGGAUACAUCAGUUGACGAUGAGCAGCAGCAGCAGCAGCAGCACGGCGCAUCUGCAGCAGCAGCAACAGCAACAGCAGCAGCAGCACCAGCAGCAGCAGCAGCAGAUGAGGCCCGAGCCUGGCCACUAAGGCUGGUGGAAGUCAAUACAAUUGCUGUUUCGUUUGCUGCACUCUCUCAGAGACUGUCACGCCUGCACAGAAACCUCGCGCUGCAGCUAGCUGCAGCAGCAAAUGCUACAGCAGCAACUGCAGCAGCAGCAAGUGCUGCAGCAACGCCUGCUGUUGAUUGUUGCGAAGAAGAAGAGACAGCAGAAGCCUUCAGUGUCUGUCCCCACAACUUUGCUGCAGAGGAGAUGGCGCGGGCGGUUGCUGCUGCUCAUCGUGCCUACAUUAGACGCCUCGAAAAGCAGCAGCAGCAGCAGCAGCAGCAGCAACACCAGCAGCAGCAGCAGCAGCAGCUGCAGCAGCAGCAGGGGACAGUUUGCUUCCCUGUAGUGAUGGUGAUGUUGUGUUUGGAGACAGAGACAAAUCUGUUUGAUCAGCUGCAGCUGCAGGAAGCAAUCGAAGGAAGCAGCAACACGCAGGUGCUGCGGCUCAGCCCGCAGCAGCUAUAUGAAUUGUGGCAGCAGCAGCAACUGCUGCUGCUGCACCCCGACGGCAGCACCAGCAGCUGGACAGAUGCUGCAGCAGCAGACAGCAAUGAACUCCGCGCAGGCAGAUUGCUGCUGCGCCUGCAACCUCCCUCAAACAGGCCUUGCUGCUGCUGCUGCUCCUUCAGCCCGCAGGAGCAGCAGCAGCAACAACAAGAGCAGCAUCAGCAGCAGCAGCAGCAGCAAGAGCAGCAUCAGCAGCAUCAGCAUGGGUUGCAGCAUGUGCAGCAGGAUAAUAAGGGUAAGUUAUGUUUGCUUUGCAGGUGCUGCUGCGUCGAACUGUCUGUGCUGUUGCUGCGGUGUCUGUACACCCCAACCCAUUAUACUCAUGAAGGCAUUUGGAGACUAAGACAAAUGCUCGAGACAUCGGAAGCAGUUAAGGCCCCUUCUCUCCCUGCGCAGCUAGCAGGCAUGAAGAAGGUGCAGCAGCUAUUCAGCACAUACCCGCAGCUGCAGCAGCAGCAGCAGCAGCAGUGGGGGGGCGCAGGAGAAGAUGUGCUGCAGCGGUUCCUCCCUGAUGCAGCAGCAAGAGAAGCUGUCAGGCAGCUGCUGCAGCCGCAUGUCGACCCUGCAGAUACCCCGCUACCAGCAGCAAAACAAGUAGCAGCAAAACCAGCAGCAGCAGCAGCAGCAGCAUCAACUCCCUUAGAAGCGCUGAGCUUAUCUGUUGUUAAACACGCAGCAGCAAACCCGGAGCUGUACCUGCUGAAGCCGCAGCGCGAAGGCGGAGGCAACAAUGUUUGUGGGCAGCAGCUGCAGCAGCUGCUGCUGCGGCACCUUGCGGCUGCUGCUCCUGCUGCUGCCCCUGCUGCUGCUGCAGCUGCUGCUGCUGCUGCUACGGAGCCUUCUGGCAGACUUCAGUCGUAUGUCCUGGUGCGGCGCAUGCAGCCUCCGGUGUUCCCUUCAUUGCUGCUGCGCCCGGCCCCCGAGAAGGAGACACAGCAGCAGCAGCAGCAGCAGCAGCAGCAGCAGCAGCAGCAGCAGCAAUGUGGGGUGUUUUCAUCGGUACAGUACAGGGCUAUCGCGGCUGUGGGGGAGUUGGGUGUCUUCAGCGCCUUGCUGCGCUGUGAAGAGGCGCAACCUAGCAGCAGCAGCAGCGGCAGCAGCAGCAGCAGCAGCAGCGAGGAUUUGAACGUGUGCUGCGGGAUCCUGCUGCGGUCUAAGCCUGCUGCAGCAAUUGAGGGGGGAGUUGCUGCUGGUCAGGGCCUCUUAGACUCUCCGCUUCUCUUCAGAGGCAACAAAGCGUGGCAGCUCGUGCAGCAGCUGCAGCAGAUAGGCAAUAGAUGGGCUACAUAG